CGCUGUAAAAACCUUUCGGUGACGCUACAACUCGAUAGCGUUACCGCUGAGCGAAACGAAGGCCGAGAGCUCGCUGCUAAUCGCCACUCCCCAUGGCGGCCUCGUCUUUAUCCUCUGUGACGUUUUCCCUCCUCCCUCUCUGCAACCUCUCCGCCUCGCCCAAAUCCAAACCCUCACUCUCCUUCUCGCUCCAAUCUCCGAAGCCUUUGGCCUCCAUCCGCUCCCGCGCGUCUCCCUCCGUGGUCUCCGCGGCACCGGAGGCCCUAGAAUCGCCCCCCGGAACCCCAGAUGGAUCGGAGAUCCCCACGGGAUUCGAGGUCGAGGAGAAAUCCGAGGGUUCUGGGCCUUCGCCUCUCGCUGUUGGAAAUGAUGCCGAGAAGAUGGCACCAAAACAGAAAAUAAGAAUCAAGCUACGGUCCUAUUGGGUACGCCUGAUUGAGGACUCAUGCAAGCAGAUCCUGGAAGCUGCUCAAACCACCAAUGCCAAGACUAUGGGUCCUGUCCCUCUACCCACCAAGCGACGCGUCUAUUGUGUUCUCAAGUCGCCGCAUGUGCAUAAGGAUGCACGGUUCCAUUUCGAGAUCCGGACCCACCAGCGGCUGAUUGAUAUCUUGUAUCCUACUGCCCAAACAAUAGACUCACUGAUGCAGCUUGACCUUCCAGCAGGUGUCGAUGUGGAGGUCAAGCUUUGAUAUCAGUUGAAUUUGUAUUAUACAUUUGCCUUCUUUUUCUUGUAUGCUUUCAGUAAUGAUUUUAAUUUGAAUUGUAUGUAAAAUCUACAAGGAGAAUGUGAAAAAAUUUUCAUACUUGGGGGACUAUCACUCUAUUCUCACUAAAGAUGACAAGUUACAAUGCAAAGCAUAGCAUUUACUUGGA